UUUAAUUUCAGAAAUUGCAAGAAAAGAGGUUGUGGACAGAGGAAGCUCUCUGCCUCAUUCGGCACCGCCCGAGAGGGCAAAUUAAGCAGCAGCGUUGCGCGAGUGAGAAAACAAAUAUGGGGAUCUCACCAAACGCCAAGGCCAAGACGAACAACAACAUGGGCUUACUCCUGGUCUUCUUCCCCGAGGAUGAUAACCACCCCAUUGUUGACAAAAACAAGCUCUUCUCCCCCUCCUCCUCCUCCUCCCCCUCCCCUUCUUCAUCCUCACCGCCACCGCCAUCAAUUUCUUAUUCUCCUUCUUCUUCUUCAUUGAAAUCCAGCAAUAGAAGAAGCAGUACUACUUCCAAGGCUAUAAUCUCCAGAGCCCAAUCCACAAUCUCCAUCUGCGCCCUCUUCCUCUUCAUCACCCUCCUCCUCUUCACUCUCUCCACCUUCGAACCCACCGCCAAUAGAAUCCACCCAACCUCCCCGCCGCGAAGAUUCCUCUCCCAAAAGCCUCCGCCAAAUUACAUCCACAAACCCAAAGCAAAUACCAAACGCAAUUCCUCUUGGUUCUUCAAAACGUUUACGGAAAAGUCAUACAAAACAACGAAUUCUGCUGUCUCGCCAACUGCGCUGCAAGGAAUGGGAACUCUGUAUAGGCGAGGCACCAAAGCCAUGAAUGAUCUCGUUGUUGCUCAUGUGGUGGAGGAUGUUACCGGCGACGAGCUCCGGCUGUUCUCGAGAGCCCUGCACAGGUCUGGCCUCACGGCGAGAGCGGACAUAGUUUUCGUAUUUGCUUCGUCGUCGUUUUCAUCCAGAUUUGGUUCCGUAAUUCAAGAAGAGAACGAUUCGUUCUUCAAACUCGUUCGCCAUUAUAAGGAGUCGAAUAGCACUAAUCCGAAGCGAGUCACGGGUUUUGAUUUGACUCACUUUGUGAAGGGUGGGAAGAAGGAGAAGAAGGAAAUAGAGGAGCCGAUAUGGGGUAAGAGAUUUAGGAGCAAUUACAGUAACUCGGAUGGUUUUGAAAAGGAAGCUGAGUCGACCCAGUUAAGUGUCGGCUCGGUGGUGGGGUUUGAAGCGUCUGAACUCGACCCGGAGAACUCGCUUUCCGGAUUUCUAGACCACGUUCCGAUGAAUAUGAGAAGAUGGGCGUGUUAUCCGAUGCUACUGGGCCGAGUUCGCCGGAAUUUCAAGUACGUAAUGCUGGUGGACGUGAAGAACUCGGUUGUACUCGGUGACCCACUCGGCCGAGUUCGGAAUCGAAGCCCCGUGUCAGUUUAUUUAUCACCGAAGCCGGAGAGUUCGUCUGGAAAGCACGGCAGAAAGAACUCGGACAAAACUCAGUCUCAUAGUCCAGUUAACUCAGCCGUUAUAAUGGGCGGAGCUCGAGGGGUUCGGCGUUUAUCGAGCACCAUGUUAACCGAGAUUGUUCGAGCAACAAUGCAGCACAAGAAGAAGAGCUCGGUGUCCGAGUCGGCGAUUCUGAGUCAACUCGUUGCGAGUGAGUUUAUGUUGAAGAAUAUCGAUGUGAUCAGAUCCGCCGAGUCAAUCCCGGAUACGAGUUCACUCGCGGGUCUGAACUCGGGCUCUUCCACGUCAUUGUCAGGGUACGCUGUAAUCCAACGUAAUAAUGGUAUUUAUGAUUUUAGUUCUGUUCUUAUGAAGGUAUUAUGUUCAUCUGAAGCGGAUUCUUCUGUUUAUAGGGAUUGUUAGCAGAAAAAAGGAAAAGAAUAGAAAAUUAUAUAAUAAUAGUCAUAUAAUUUUUUGUUUUUCUAUGUUGUUUUUUUCUCAAUUAAUUUUGUUCCUACGUGUAAAUAAUUACUUGGAAAUAAAAUUCUUGCAGUUUUUGCA